ACUGACACACACAUACAUGGCUGCCACCAUGAAUCUGUCACUCACCUUCGUCCUCCUCCUCUCUUCCGGGCUCGUGGUGGUGUUUGGGGAUGGCGGAGACUGCGGGGCGACCUGCGAGACCAUCCGGUGCUUCCAGGGCGGGAACAUCACCUGCACCAACCGCCCCGGCGAGGUGAUCCAAGGGUGCCACUGCCUCUGCGCGCCCAAGAACGGCAGGGGCUGCGUGCUCCACCUCCAAAGCGGCAGCAAUCAGAACUGCCCCAAGAGGAGUUGCUGAAUCAUGUUAGAUACGCCCCAAGAUGCCAAGACGAAUUGCUGAAUCACGUUAGAUACACGCCGCACUCGUCUUGCUCAUCUAUGCUCUGGAGUUUGAA